AUGGUGCAUUGGCCAGGUCGGUCAAGUGCAAAUGACAUGGACGUGGUCGUGGACGUGGACGUGGACAUGGAUAUGGACAUGGACGUGGACAUGGACGUGGACGUGGACAUGGACGUUGACGUGGACAUGGACGUGGACAUGGACGUGGACGUGGACAUGGACGUGGACGUGGACGUGGACGUGGACAUGGACGUAGACGUGGACGUGGACGUGGACGUGGACGUGGACGUGGUCGUGGACGUGGACGUGGACGUGGACGUGGACGUGGACGUGGACGUGGAAUUGGACGAGGACGUGCACGUGGACGAAGACAUGGUCGUGGACGUGGACGUGGACGUAGACAUGGACGUAGACGUGGACGUGGACGUGGACAUGGACGUGGACCUGGUCGUGGACGUGGACGUGGAGGAACAUGGACGUGGACGUGGACAUGGACAUGGACGUGGACGUGGACGUGGACGUGGACGUGGACGUUGA